AUGGCCGAGGCACCAACGCUCUUGUCCAACCUGAAAUUUCACGACCUCGUCUUUGGUCACGACCUAGGUGUCGGCGCCUUCGGCUCUGUCCGGUACGCAAGAUUGAUUGAUCAAAGUACAACAAGAUCGCAUUGGGCCGAGUAUGCCGUCAAAGUCAUAUCCACGGAAAAAAUUUGUGAGCUUGGGUACGAAGCGUCUGUACAGCGUGAGAUUGCCGUCCUUCGCGUGCUGUCGCACCCUUGCAUUGCUCGAUUGGUUUCGAGUUUUCGCUUUCGUGAAGGUGCUUACUUGGUUCUGGAGUAUGCCAGUGGAGGAGACCUAUUCAACUUGUUGCAAAAGCAUGGCUCGCUUGAUCAUGAUUCUUCCCGCUUUGUGAUCGGAGAAAUCGUCGCUGCCCUCGCUAGUAUCCAUGAAUUGGGGCUAGUGUACGCUGAUUUGAAACCAGAGAAUGUCGUUAUUACUGAAGUCGGUCACAUCAAGCUGACCGACUUUGGCGGAUGCCGGGCAGUUACAGCAAAAGCAAAGGAGCUCAUUCAGUCCACAGUAGAUACCGACGAAGAUCUUCGAAUUGAAGGGACUACGGCAUAUCUACCCCCCGAAGUAGUCAUGGGUGCUUUUCCGAAUUUCGCAGCCGAUUCCUGGGCGUUGGGGUGUGUCCUCUACCAAUGCCUGUCGGGACGACCACCUCUGCUAGAGAUGGACGAAACUGCGACCCGCCAUCGAAUUGUCACGUUUGAC